AUGAGGGAGGAGCAGGUGCGCGCGUGGCAAGAGGCCAGCACGACGCUGGCGGAGGUGUGUGACCAGUGCCAGCCACAGCUUGCACAGCUUCUCGGUCGCAUCAAGGAUACGCUGGAUGAGGCCGUCAUGCAGCGGCUGGAAGCGCACCAGGUGCGACUAGCGGCGCAGGGUGCAGGGUCAAGGUUCAACGUGCUGUCGCGCACGGCAAGCUCGGGUAGCAACCCGGUCGGCUCCCGCCGCAGCAGCAUGGCACAGGCAGCACCGCGGCGCGGGGCACGUAGGCGGACGAGCCGAACCAGCCGCGCCAGCAUUGUCAGCGUCGUCACCGCCCCGUCACCGGCGGUCACGAGCACGCUCCGGUUCACCGCGGACGACGCCGUUAGGGAGAUACACGCCGUGCUGCGGGAGGCUGAGAUGUUGGACAAGUCGCAUCGAUCCCUGCAGGCAGUCUACAACACCCUGACGCAGCUGCGCGCGCAGCGCGGCUGGACGGCUAUCCAGCGAGCCAUCCACCUCAAGCGCAGAAAGAAUGCGUUGCGGCAGCUGCUUGCGUUCCGUCGCCGGCACAUGAGCGAGCGCGUGGCCUUGCUCAAGGCGAUGGACCGUAUUGCCCACCAGCAGCCGGGCAGCGCCAGCAGCGGCACACACAGCGAGAGCGCCAAGGCUACCCCCAGCAGAGACAUGGCAAGGGGCAACACGGGCUUGCUCACAGCAAGUGAAGGAGCAGCGGCGCGCAAUGAAGAUGACAAGGCGAAAGCGGUGCACUCACUCGGCAACGACAACGACAGCAACAACAACGCCAACAACAACGACAAUGGCAACAGCGGCAACAACACCACUCACGACACGGUCGUGCAAGCAGAUGACCUCUCGAACGCGCCACUCUCAGUAUCAUCCCCUGCCAUCAUACACAGCGACCAACAGCAAGAACAACAACAGCAGCCGCAACCGCAGCAACAACAACAACCGCAGCAAAAGCGCGUGGCACGGGUGACGAUCAGUGACUCGCGGCUAUCAGACCGAGGCAUGUCUGGGCACGAGCGAAGUGCCAAAUCGGCCACAACACGGCGGCAACGACCUCCUCAGCCCCAACAGCCAUCAUCACAAUCGUCGCCAUCGUCAUCGACUGCUGCACGUGCCGACAAGGCCGCUGCGACCGCCCCAACGGAUCACGCCCAACCUGGCGGUGGCGAUAUGGCACGUGGGACAGGCAAGGCUGCCGAUCUGAGCCGCGAAGAGACGUUGGACCAGCAUGAGCAGCAAAGUCAUCCACCCACGCCAUCCGGACAGGCGGGGACUGCCAUAUCAACGAGCAGCACCGACAGGAAGAGCCGCGCCCACAGGAACGCCAGCAAAGGCGCCACCAACACUACCAACACCAACACCAACACCAACACCAACACCAACACUGACAACGAUGGUGACGGCAACACAGCCACGCGCACAAGCAGCCCCCACCGCAACCACAUGCCCGCGUACAUGACGAUCAAGGCCACGCGUGGGCUGCUGCAGAGGACGCGCGAUUCGCUUCGCGAGUUUGAACUGAAGCGGGAUGUGGUCAUCACGCAGGAGGACCUGGGCGAGCGACGGGCUGCGCUUGCUGUGGCGGAGGACGAGUGCAGGGAGGCGCAGACGGCAGCAGAGGAGUUGCAGGCAAAGGCGGCCGAGCUGCGGCUGUUUCUGGAGAGCCACCAGUCGACCGAGACGAAGCACGUGCGCGUGGGCAUUGAUGAGCGGGCGUCGAUGCUGCUGCGGAACAUCUCCAAGUUUGAAUCGCUCGUCACGCGCGAUCGCAUUGCGGACGCGGCGCUGCUGGCAACGACGGCGCCAGACGGGAUCCUGCGCACGCAGGCGACGUGGCAGCGGUUCAUGGGGAUGAAGGGCGGGACGGUGUGGAGCAUCUACUGCCGCAUGCUGCUCAUCCACGCGCCCACAGAUGCAGAGGUGGUCAUGUGCGUGCAGGAGGCCAUCAACAGAAACGCCCUCUCGCUCACCGCCCACUGGUACACCGCGGGUUUGUUGAAACCGAGCCUGCCUGUUGCGCAGGUACUUGCGCAAUAUGUGGAGGAGACGGAGGACAGCAAGUUGAAGCGCGAGGCAGCUGUCCUGUCGCUAUCCUUGCUGCCGGCUGAUGCCCCGCCCACGCUGGACGCGCUGCAAGUGGUGCUGACGAACAUGAUUGCGCUGAAACGGUUUGACGCCGCCGUGAACCUCCUACGAAACCCGGCCUGCAACGAGGCAGACCGGUACGUGCUGACACAGCGCAUGGUGGAGCACCCGCAGGUGCCACGUCACGUGGUCACGCGUGCACUUCGCUCCCUCUCCGUCGACCUCACAGAACGUGUGGCUGAGGCUGUGCGGGAACUGAACGUGCGUGGUGUUGACGUUGGCGAUCCGGCCGCAGACGCAUGAUGAGACACGUGCUGUGUGUGUGCGCGGAUGUAUGUAUAUGUGUGUGUGCGCGGAUGUAUGUGUGUGUGUGUGUGUG